CACCGUAGAGUGACAUUCUCCACAUAUCGUCAUCUGCGCUAUUAAUGACGUUUCCAGCCAUUUUAUCGCGUUAUGAUGACGUAGACGCAAAACUUGCUCGAGAGGUAGACGGUCAUGCUUUGAUUCAGUUUGUGGUAGCUAUAUUAUUUCCGCCGCGCUGAACCGGGUGACGCAGCGAUGGCUCUGAGUCGGCUCGGCCUCUUACGGCCCCUGCUGCUCCGAUGCUCAGCCCCGCUGGGGGCCCUCACCACCCUGGCUCCACUGGGGGCCCUCACCACCCUGGCUCCACUGGGGGCCCUCACCACCCUGGCUCCACUGGGGGCCCUCACCACCCUGGCCCCGGGGCUUCUAACCCCCCCCAGGCAGACGGCGGUCCCCCCUCUCUGCCUCGCCCGUCUGUAUGGCACCAAGAAGAGUAAAGCGAAAUCCAAGGGGCCGCAGGCGAAAGUGAACAUCAACCCGGAGCUGGUGGAGGAUAUCAUCAACCUGGAGGAGGUGAAGCAGGACAUGACUGCCGUGCUAGCCACUCUCAAGGACGACUUCAGCCGCAACCUGAGCAUCCGCACCUCUCCUGGAGCCUUGGACCACAUCAUCGUCAGCACCAAGGACGGCCGCUUCCCCAUCAACCAGCUGGGCCAGGUCGCCAUGAAGUCUCCUCAGCUGAUUGUGGUCAACAUGACCGGCUUCCCAGAGGCCACGGCGGCAGCUGCCCAGGCCCUGAGAGACAGCAGCAUGAGACUCAACCCUGAUGUGGAGGGCACCAUCAUCAGGGUGCCCAUUCCCAAGGUGACCAGGGAGCACAGGGAGAACCUGGCUAAGCUGGCCAAGCAGUUCAGCAACAAGGCCAAGGAGUCCCUGCGCCGGGUCCGGUCAGGAGCGGUCACCCAGCUGAAGAGGGAGAAGGACCAGGUCUCUGAGGACACCAUCCGGCUGAUAGAGAAGCAGGUUCAGCAAAUGACAGACAGUUUUUCUGCUGACAUAGAGAAACAACUGGCCACCAAGACCAAGGAGCUACUGGGGUGAUAUCCACUGGAGAGUCUCUUUUUUCUAUACUUGCUGUUUCUGUCUGAGUGGACACGGUGUCUCAACAUGUGAACUUCUGGAAUAAAAUAAGCAGUUUGACAAUUA